AGAAAAAGGGUUUAUUUCGGUGGAAAACUAAAAAUCAUGGGAAGAAAUAUUUUUAUGGAGACUAAGAAGUCCAACGAGUCUGCGAUGAAGGCAAGAGGCCCCGCUCCGUUCCUGGCAAAGACGUAUGCCUUGGUUGAGGAAGGCCAAGGAUCAGCCGCCGGCGAUGGCAAGAAAAUUGUUUCGUGGAAUGCAGAAGGUACAGGGUUUGUGGUAUGGUCUCCGGCCGAGUUCUCGGAUCUCACCUUACCUAGAUAUUUCAAGCACAACAACUUCUCCAGCUUCAUUCGCCAACUAAAUACAUAUCGAAGUCUGAAACUGAAAACUCCUGUUUUCCUGAAGCUGUUCUUGCUCUUCUCUGAAGAAGAAGAAGAAGAAGAAGAAGUCAUUCUCCCCAAAACUAUGAUCUAUACGAAGUUGUUUUCAGAAACCCUAAUCCAAAAUGUGAUUAUCAGCAGAUUUUACUACACUAAUAGGGUCAAUAAAGCCACCCUCUAUUCCAGAAUCAGUCCAUUAGGAAACAAAGACAGUGUCCUACCUGAGCUUGAGGACUGGCUCAAAAAUGGGAACAGGGUUCGGUUCGCUGAGGUUCAACGCAUCAUUCAGGAUCUUCGCAAGAGAAGGCGCUUUUCUCACGCCCUUGAGGUUUCUGAAUGGAUCAAUAAAAAUGGAAUUCGUCCUUUCUUACCAAGUGGACAUGCUGUGCAGUUGGAUCUGAUUGGUAGAGUCCGUGGAUUUCUUUCUGCAGAAAGCUAUUUCAAUGAUUUGAGUGAUGAAGAUAAAACUGACAAGACUUAUGGUGCCCUGCUGAAUUGUUAUGUGCGGCAACGCCAAACUGACAAGUCUGUCUCCCUUUUGUGGAAAAUGAAGGAGUUGGGGUUUGCCUCAUCAGCUCUCACUUAUAAUGAUAUCAUGUGCCUCUAUAUAAAUAUUGGCCAGUAUGAAAAGGUUCCUGGUGUACUGAGUGAGAUGAAGGAAAACAAAGUCUCCCCUGAUAACUUCAGUUACAGAAUCUGCAUCAAUUCCUACGGUGCUAGAUCUGAUCUAGAGGGAGUGGAAAGAAUUUUGAGAGAGAUGGAGAGCCAACUGCACAUUGUCAUGGACUGGAAUACUUACACUGUUGUUGCCAAUUUUUACAUAAAAGCUGGCCUUAACAACAAGGCAGUUGAUGCCCUAAAAGAAUCUGAAGCAAGGCUAGACAGAAAAGAUGGAUCUGGCUAUAAUCAGUUGAUAUCACUUUAUGCUAGCUUAGGGAAUAAGGCUGAGGUCUUGAGAAUAUGGGGUCUACAGAAAAAUGAUUGUAAGAGGCAUAUAAACAGGGAUUUUAUCAUUAUGUUGGAAUCUCUUGUGAAGCUUGGUGAGCUUGAGGAAACUGAGAAAGUGCUGAAGGAGUGGGAGUCCUCAGGUAACUGCUAUGAUUUUCGGAUACCAAAUGUUGUCAUUAUUGGUUAUUCUCAAAAAGGUCUACAUGAGAAGGCAGAAGCAAUGCUUGAGGACUUGACAAAUAAAGGCAAGGCCACCACUCCUAACAGCUGGGGUGUUGUAGCAGCAGGUUAUCUAGAUAAGGGUGAUCUGAAGAAAGCCUUUGAAUGCAUGAAAGCUGCCCUCUCCUUGUGUGUAGAGAACAAAGGAUGGAAACCCAACCAUAGGGUGAUUUCAAGCAUUCUAAGUUGGGUGGGUGAUGAAGGUGGUCCUGAGGAUUUAGAAACCUUUUUGGCAGCAUUAGGGAAUGUCAAUAUUCUGUCGAAGAGAGAAAUGUACCAUGCCUUGAUAAAGGCAAAUAUAAGACAUGGUAGAGGAGUGGAUCAGAUUUUGCACCGCAUGAAAGCUGAUAAAAUCGAGGAAGAUGAAGAAACGAAGCGAAUACUCAGCACCAGGCAGAACUAAAUUCGGAAGAGUGCUCCCUUCUCCGAGUCAAGAUCUUUUAGCAUUUUUGAACAUGCUGCUUUCACUUGAUGUAUCAUGUUCUGUUUCUCCACCCACAUCUUUCCUUUUGAGAUGAAGAAAUUGAUGCUAGAACGUUUUUUAGCUUGAGGCUAGUGGCUUGUUCAUUGAUGUUUCUGCGUAUAUAUUUCUUUU